CGUUUUUAAGCAUUUUGUACACGUUCAUUACGUAAGCACGGUGAAACGAUGGCUGCUAAAGAACCGUCUCCGAUCGUUAAAUCGUACCUAAUUCUGUACAACGCUGCCCAAGUGCUUGGUUGGUGUUAUAUGCUAUAUCAACUGAUAGCUUACUACACCAUCGAUAAAGGCACAGAAAAGACGCUCUGGGAGUAUCUUGGAUUCACCGUAAUUCUUUUCCAGAAUGCAGCACUGCUUGAGAUUGUCCACGCUUUUACGCGUAUCGUACCGAGCAAUCCCGUCAUCACCACAUUCCAGGUGCUGUCCCGCGUGAUGGUUGUCUGUGGCGUUGUUAUGGCAACACCCACCGGUAAAGUUUCGCCCGGCCUUCCACUUGCCAUCCUGGCCUGGUCAGUGACGGAGAUUAUCCGGUACGCGUACUACGCACUGAAUCUGAUCGAUGCCGUACCGAAGCUACUUAUCUUUCUGCGCUACACCACCUUCAUCGUGCUCUAUCCGACCGGAGUGACCGGUGAGCUGCUGUGCUUUUUCUGGGCCCAGUCACACGUGGCACAAACGAAACAGUGGAGCAUCGAAAUGCCCAACACGUACAACUUUACCUUCUCGUAUCUGUACUUCCUGUGGGCGGUGAUGCUGCUCUACAUCCCACUGUUCCCUCAGCUGUACUUGCACAUGUUCGCCCAGCGUAAGAAGAUCCUUGGUUCCGGAUCGUCAAGUACCGGCAAGCAGAAGAGCAAUUGACUGGAGGCAUUUGGCUUUCCGG